GAAAAGCGGGUUUCUUCCUCUUUUCAACUCGAAGUCCUCUCUCUCUUCCCUUCUCGUUGCGGGCGUCUCUGAGAGUCUGCGAGGAAACCCUAGUCUAGGAGGAGCCAAAGGAGGCGAAAAUGGUCGAAGGAAAGGAAGGGGAUUGGGAGUGCAGUAGCUGCCAGAACCGCAACUAUGCCUUCCGAUCCUUCUGCAACCGCUGCAAGCAGCCGCGACUCCUCGUGGACACUAAGACGCCGGCCGACUCCAAGUGGCUCCCCCGGAUCGGAGACUGGAUUUGCUCUGGUUGCAGUAACAACAAUUAUGCUUCAAGAGAGAAGUGCAAAAAAUGCGGGCAACCAAAGGAAGUGGCUGCAAUGCCAGCAAUUGCACUGGCUGGAGCUUCUAUCCCAACUCAUGCACAUUAUUUUGCCAGGGCACAGGGUGGACCGGGAUUAAAUAUGAAUCAAUCUGAUCUUCAGCAACAGGCAUUUUCGGCAGGAACUGCAGGGGCUGGUUGGCCAUAUACUGCUGAUAAUAAGUAUGGACUUCAGACAUCAACUUCUUGGUCAUUUGGUGGAAGCAGUAACAGUGGAUAUGUGAACAAUACCAGUCAGCUUCUUAUGGUUCCUAAAGGAUGGCGUAAUGGGGAUUGGAUAUGUAACUGUGGUUUUCAUAACUAUUCCUCUCGUGCUCAGUGUAAGAAAUGUAACGCUCCUUUUCCACCUGGUAUGCCUUCUUCAACGGCUGCCCCUGCAACUACUGAUUUGUUUCCCACAUUGGGUACAAAGCGUCUUGCAUCAGAAGAAUUUGUUAAUGGCUGGGACAGCAAGAGAUUGAAUGCAGGCGAUAUGAACAGCCACAUUAUGCCAACUGGGCAGCAAGUUUCUUAUGGAGGGUUUUCUCAAAUGGCUGGAUCCACUAAUGAUCAAACAUCCACGUUGUAUACCACACUUUCUGCUGGAAGCACUGCAGCUGUUCCUAAUUUGCAUAUGCACAUGCAAACGUCACAGAUGACAACAGUUCCUGCAAUUCUGGGAAAAGGUGCAAAGCAAUGGCGGCAUGGAGAUUGGAUGUGUACCAAUUGCAAUAACCACAAUUUUGCAUCUAGACUACAUUGUAACAGGUGUAACAGUCAAAAGGAUGCGAUUACUCAGACGGUUAAUGUUGUAUAAUUGUUUUAGUGGGCAUGGGGCUGCUUGUAUUUUAUAAUUUGCAGAGUGAGAUCGUUUUUUGGUAUAUGGAAGAGUGAAAUUGUGAUUGUUUUUUAAUAGAUUGCUCAAAUACAUUUUUGUCAGAUUGAGAAACUUCUUCCUUGGUAAGAAGAAAUGAGUUGAUAUUUCAAUUACUUCUCGUGUGUAAUCAGGACGGACAAAGCUAGUGGAGAGAGUUGGUAUGACCAAUAGGUCGGGGAAA